ACCGGUUGCAUCGUAUCACACCUGCUUAUCUCAAAAUACAUAAACCUCAGUCUCCGUAGUUCACCACACAUUCUACCACUCUCUAUUUCGACUCUAGCUCUAUCAGUACCUCUCACUCUACAAACAAAAAUGGCGAAGAUUAAGAUCGGAAUCAAUGGUUUCGGUAGAAUCGGCCGUCUGGUUGCCAGAGUCGCUCUUCAAAGAGACGAUGUUGAGCUUGUUGCUGUCAACGAUCCGUUCAUCACCGUUGACUACAUGACCUAUAUGUUUAAGUAUGACAGUGUGCACGGCCAAUGGAAGCACCACGAGCUCAAGGUUAAGGAUGAGAAAACCCUUCUCUUUGGUGAGAAGCCUGUCACUGUUUUCGGUUUCAGAAAUCCCGAGGAGAUUCCAUGGGCUUCAACUGGGGCUGAGUACAUUGUGGAGUCAACUGGUGUUUUUACUGACAAGGAUAAGGCUGCAGCUCAUCUGAAGGGAGGUGCUAAGAAGGUUGUUAUUUCUGCUCCAAGCAAGGAUGCACCUAUGUUUGUGGUCGGUGUCAAUGAGAAGUCAUACACACCUGAUCUUGACAUUGUUUCUAAUGCUAGCUGCACCACAAACUGCCUUGCCCCAUUGGCAAAGGUUAUUAAUGAUAGGUUUGGUAUUGUUGAAGGUCUUAUGACAACAGUCCAUUCCAUCACAGCUACCCAAAAGACUGUUGAUGGACCAUCUGCCAAGGACUGGAGAGGUGGAAGAGCUGCAUCAUUCAAUAUUAUCCCAAGUAGCACUGGAGCAGCUAAGGCUGUUGGCAAAGUUCUUCCUGCUUUGAACGGAAAAUUGACUGGAAUGGCCUUCCGUGUCCCAACAGUUGAUGUUUCUGUUGUUGAUCUCACAGUGAGGUUAGAGAAGGAAGCUACUUAUGAUGAAAUCAAAGCAGCACUCAAGGAGGAGUCUGAGGGAAAUCUGAAGGGAAUUCUAGGCUACACCGAAGAUGAUGUUGUGUCUACUGAUUUUGUCGGCGACAACAGGUCAAGCAUUUUCGAUGCCAAGGCUGGAAUUGCUUUGAGCAAGAACUUUGUGAAGCUCGUUUCGUGGUACGAUAACGAAUGGGGUUACAGCACCCGUGUGGUUGAUCUGAUCAAGCAUAUUCACUCCACCCAGUAACUUGCUACGUUCAUCUAAGGUCACAUCCGUUAUGGUGUUUUCGGCGGAAUUUGAGUUAGAAUAAAUUGUGGUCUAUUUGAGACUAAUGUUUGAUGUGUGGCUGGUUUUAGCAGACAGAUGUUGUAUUUCGAAGAAUUUUGUGUUGAAUGGUGAAUGCUAAAAUAUCUACUUGUGUUCUAA